AUGGUGGACUAUUACAAAGUCCUUGGACUGCAAAAAAGUGCCUCACAGGAUGACAUUAAGAAAUCCUACCGCAAACUGGCACUAAAAUGGCAUCCAGAUAAGAAUCCCAACAACAAGGAGGAAGCUGAAAAGAAAUUCAAAGCAGUUGCUGAGGCAUACGAGGUUUUGUCAGACCCUCAGAAACGAUCUCUCUAUGACAGACCCGUUAAGGAGAGCAGGUCCCAAGGAGGAAGAGGUGCCGCAGCCCGUAACAGCCCGUUCGAUUCCAGUUACAUAUUCCGUAACCCCGAGGAGAUUUUUAGGGAAUUCUUUGGAGGGUUGGAUCCCUUUGCACAUGAUUUCUGGGACAAUUCAUUCGACAGCCAUGGUGAAAGCAGGCACAGAACAAGUGGAAGGGGAAGCGGCCUCAACUUGUUUCCUGACUUUGUGCGGUCAUUUAUAUCAUUCAAUUCAUUCGGCCCCAGUGAGCAGACCACCUUCUCCUUUGGUGGGGACACACCUGGGUCACACAGUUUCAGAUCAGUCUCCACCACUAGUGAAGUGAUCAACGGCAGGAGGAUCACCACUCGGAAAAUCAUCGAGAAUGGGCAAGAGAGAACAGAAGUGGAAGAAGACGGCCAAUUGAAAUCUGUAAAAGUAAAUGGAAGAGAACAACUGAAAUGA